AUGGACGCAUACUGCAAGUGCCAUCCUGAAAGUUGUGUUGGUAACGCUUUUAACAACCAGAAUGCAAGACAUGAGCUCAACAGCAUUGCGUCCUCACCAAAAUCAGACCACGUGUUUAAAGUGGACAGCUUUGAGGCACUGGACAAAAUUAGCAAUACCCUGGAAAAGAGCAUCAUUGCCAUUGAAGGAACCCAAACCACUGGUGACUCCACCCAUAUGGAAUUUGCCCAGAAUGGAUUUAGUGCAGCUCUUGUUUCCAGCCCAGAUGAGAGGUUUCUAGUGAGUGUGAUUGGGGCAAAUGGGUGGAGGGGGGGUUACCAGGACAUCCCUCUGUCCAGCAGGACGCCCAGUUUUAGGAGGGUUCAUGAGGUCACUCCUGACAGCUAUCUGGGCUAUUCAAUGGUUGUAGCAACCAGAGACAGACAGAACUACAUCGUUAUGGGAGCCCCCAGGUAUAAACACAAGGGGUUGCUCAUGGUCUUCUUUCCUGGAGACGCCCCAAAGAUGCUCAAACAGUCUCAGAUCGGUGCUUACUUUGGAGCAGAGGUGUGUGUGGUGGAUUUGGAUGGAGACUCCAACACUGAUCUGAUUCUGGCGUCUGCCCCCAUGCACACAGAAGGAGGGAGAGAGGGGAAAGUGUUUGUCUAUAAAUUCACCAAGGAGUAUUUUCACAUGGAGGUGUCUGACGCUGGUGUGUCCCUGCUGGGGAUGGAGGGUCAGAGGGGGAGGUUCGGCUCGUCUCUGGCCAGCCUGGCAGACCUGAAUGGGGAUGGGAUCAGGGACGUGGCAGUGGGAGCUCCUCUGGAGGAUAACGGACAGGGCGGUGUGUACAUCUUCAACGGGAGGAAACGAGGAGUGAACCCCAACUACUCACAGAGGAUUGCAGGUUCAUCUGUGCGGUCCGGACUGCGGUUCUUUGGCCUGACUGUGGCCCAGUCUGCUUUGGAUCAGAGUGGAGACGGGCUGCCUGACAUAGCAGUCGGGUCCAAAGGAGCGGUUCUGCUGCUCAGGUCCAGGCCCAUCGUAUCCAUGGUGACCAGUGUGACCUUUACCCCACCCAAAAUCCCCACCUCUAUCUCUGGCUGCACGGGUUCCCAACAGAUCACAGCAUCAGUGUGUUUCAGCAUGACCAAGGCCACUAAUGACAUCUUCAAAGACCUGCAAGCAGAACUCAGCUACACCCUGAAACUGGAUUACGUCCGGCAACGGACUCGCGCCUACUUCACGGCCAAUGAAAAAGAGAAAAACUUCCAGUCGCAAGUGUCACUACAAAAAGGCUGUUUCCAGCAUCCUUUCUUUGUGCAGUGCUCACCUGAGGAUGCUCUGAGUCCUGUGGACGUCCAGGUGAUCGUCUCCUUUGAGGGGGUUCCUAUACAGACUGCAGACGGCCUGGUACCACAGCUGGCCAGCGGCCCCAUUAAAGUCACAGACCACAAGUUAAAUUUUGAGAUCGACUGUGGAGAAGACAAAGUCUGUGAAGACAACGUGCGAGUUGACAUUUCUGGGUCCUCCACCAUAGAGGUGGGCAUUGCACAGGAGAUGAAUGUGACGGUGAUGGUGGAGAAUAGAGGAGAAAACUCCUACAACACCCGUGUGUCUCUGUCCUACCCUCACGGCCUCUCCUACAGGACCUUCACCAAGACCCAGGUGUGUGUGUGUGUGUGUGUGUGUGUGUGUGUGUGUGUGUCCUCUCCUACAGGACCUUAA